GAGCUCCUUCGACUUGGUUUCAUUAAACCUAGUAACUCCCCUUGGGGUGCACCUGUCCUCUUUGCUCGCAAAGCGGACGAAACUCUCCGCCUCUGCAUCGAUUAUCGCAGCCUUAACCGUUACACGGUUAAGAACAGCUAUCCCAUGCCCCGCGCGGAUGAGCUGUUUGACCGUCUGGCAGGCAACCGCUUCUUCACGAAGAUCGAUCUUCGUAGCGGUUACCACCAGAUCCGAGUUGCCGCAGAGGACCAGCCGAAGACCGCCUUUCGGUCGCGCCUCGGCCACUACGAGUUCACGGUGAUGCCAUUCGGCCUCACCAAUGCACCCGCCACCUUCCAGACGGCGAUGAACGACAUCUUCAGGGACAUCCUUGAAGAAUACGUUCUCGUAUACCUGGACGACAUCCUGGUCUACAUUCGUACCUUAGAAGACCAUAUCAGACACCUCCGCGAUGUCCUACAGCGCUUACGCAAGCAUGGCUUCUAUGCCAAGCUCAGUAAGUGCCUUUUUGCCCAGCGCAAAGUAAACUUCCUAGGAGACCAUGUGUCUGACCAGGGUCUCCAUAUGGACGACGCGAAGAUCACUGCUAUUGCAGAGUGGCCCGUCCCCACAUCUGCCAAGCAGCUUCGUAGCUUUCUAGGCCUCACCAGCUACUAUAGUAAUUUUAUCCAGGGAUACGCUAGGUAUUCCUACGUCCUUACCUCCACCCUCCUCCGGAAGAACCCGCCGUGGUUUUGGACACCCCUCUGCAAGGACGCCUUCCGCGCCCUCAAGAAGACGGUGACUUGCGCGCCGGUUCUUCGCCUUCCCGAUUUUGAUCGUCUCUUUAUCGUCACUACCGAUGCGUCAGAUUUUGCAGUAGGAGUUGUCCUUUCUCAGGUGUUUCCCUCUCCUCCAGAUUCACCUUACCCCCAUGUUCCUCCUUUUCCCCCCCCUCCUGCUGACACUGCUUCUCGACUGACGCCUAUCCUACCACCACUUCCCUCCACUGACAGUCCCCCCAUUACUUACUCCCCGACCAUCGCGGAGGAUGGGACUGUCGAGGCUCGUGCUGGGGAUUGCCCGAUCGCUUUCUACUCCCGUCAGCUACUACCUGCCGAGAUAAACUACACUGCCGAUGAACGUGAGUUCAGUUUCACCACUCAGCCCAUCAAGGGUGAAACGAACCGCGUCACCGAUGCCUUGUCCCGCCGUCCUGAUCACAAUCAGGAACCCAUCUAUCUUGCUGUCAUCUCCAUCACCAGUGUUGAUCAGUCGGUGAUCGACGCGUAUCGCACUCAGUACCGCCACUGCCCCGAUUAUCGCGUCAUCCACGCGACACUGCGAAGUGGCAAGACCGUUCCUUCCUACUCCCUCGGGGAGAACAGCCUCGUGUACUGGCAUGGCAGAUCUGGUCAGUUAGAACCACGUAUCUGCGUUCCCUCCACCGGACAGCUCCGCGUCCAGGCUGUAGCAGAGUUCCAUGACCAGGCAGUUGCCGGUCAUAUGGGUUUCCACAAGACGUUGGCUCGUGUUUACCGCCUAUACGUCUGGCCGAAGUCCAAGGACUUUGUCAAAGCCUACACCUUGGAGUGUCCUACCUGCCAGGAGGUGAACAGUGUGAACCACCUUCCGUAUGGGUUACUUCAGCCCCUACCUAUACCUGAAGGUCGUUGGCAGUCUAUCUCGAUGGAUUUCAUUGGUCCCCUCCGACCACCCACUCAGCGCGGUCAUGAUGCUAUCUUGGUCGUCGUCGAUCGCUUCACGAAGCGUGCACGUUUUGUUCCGUGCCGCUAUCGCAUUAGCGCUCGUGAGGUCGCCGACAUCGUCUUCGACCGAGUCGUGAGAAAUCACGGCUUACCUCAGAGCAUCAUCUCCGACCGUGACCCGCGCUUUACCAGCACAUUCUAUCGACGCCUACACGAGGUGUACGGAUCCCAGCUCCGCUUCUCAUCGUCUUACCACCCUCAGACGGAUGGUCAGACUGAGGUCACCAACAAAACUCCCGGUAAUAUCCUUCGAAAGUUUGUUAGGGAUGACCAGCAGUGGGACUUACACUUAGCCCACGCGGAGAUUGYGUACAACYACGCUGUUUCGCMMGCCACGGGGAUGUCGCCAUUCUAUUGCGACCUCGGCUACCACCCUCRCGUACCUGCGGAUUUCCUACGACCAUCRCGGUUGCGCCCAGACACUCGUUGCCCUGCGCUUGACGACUGGAUCGCCCACAUGGCGGCGAUUAUGAAGCGCGCACACGAGAGUUUAGCCGACUCCCAGACUCGCAUGGCCGCACGAGCGAACCGAUCACGAAUGGAUCAUCCAUUCAAAGUCGGUGACGAUGUGCUCGUCGACGCACGCCACUUACAGCUCGAAGCGGAUAUGCUUCGCAAGUUCAGGCGUCGUUUCUUCGGUCUAUGCCGCAUCCUUCAGGCCGUCGGCUCUGAUACUGUCGCUAGUCCGGUCAGCUUCCGUGUGAAGCUACCUGAUUACCUUCGACAGGCUCACGUACACGAUGUUUACCACGUCUCCUUGCUGCGUCCUUAUCGCAGACCGUCCGAGCGCUUCGCCGGACGCCCUUAUGAGCGCCCUCCACCUAUCAUGGUGGACGGUCACGAGGAGAUCGUUGUUUCCAACAUCGUAUCACGCCGAGUUACCGACGAUACCUCUCCACGCAUCGAGUACCUUGUGCGUUGGAAGGGCUACCCUGAUGAGGAGGCUACUUGGGAGCCCCUCGAGCACUUGCAGCACGCCAGGAUGUUGGUGCGUGCAUAUGAUCGUGCUCGUCGUGCUGGGACAUCUGCUUCUACUCAGCCGAGUGACCCUCUUCCUCCUCCUYCGGCUGAGGAGAUCGCUGAGGAUGAGCCCGCUCCCUCUGAGGCCGUUCCUCAGCCGCAAAUGGUCGCCUCCGAGCGUCCACAGCGCACUCAUCGUUGCUCUUCACGUACUCCAUCAUCAGCUCUUCUUCAGGAUGUCAGCGUUUUGCGGCUCUGCUUCGACAUCGACUCGACUGCUACUUCAUCGAUGUCAUCGACCGAUUCGACGACUUCAGCUACCUUAUCGGCUUCAGCUACUUUGGACGUGACUACUUCACGCCACCACCCUACCCUGUACAUUCCCUUGCAUCUGUCGCAUGAUGGUUCUCACNGCCUCGUGUACUGGCAUGGCAGAUCUGGUCAGUUAGAACCACGUAUCUGCGUUCCCUCCACCGGACAGCUCCGCGUCCAGGCUGUAGCAGAGUUCCAUGACCAGGCAGUUGCCGGUCAUAUGGGUUUCCACAAGACGUUGGCUCGUGUUUACCGCCUAUACGUCUGGCCGAAGUCCAAGGACUUUGUCAAAGCCUACACCUUGGAGUGUCCUACCUGCCAGGAGGUGAACAGUGUGAACCACCUUCCGUAUGGGUUACUUCAGCCCCUACCUAUACCUGAAGGUCGUUGGCAGUCUAUCUCGAUGGAUUUCAUUGGUCCCCUCCGACCACCCACUCAGCGCGGUCAUGAUGCUAUCUUGGUCGUCGUCGAUCGCUUCACGAAGCGUGCACGUUUUGUUCCGUGCCGCUAUCGCAUUAGCGCUCGUGAGGUCGCCGACAUCGUCUUCGACCGAGUCGUGAGAAAUCACGGCUUACCUCAGAGCAUCAUCUCCGACCGUGACCCGCGCUUUACCAGCACAUUCUAUCGACGCCUACACGAGGUGUACGGAUCCCAGCUCCGCUUCUCAUCGUCUUACCACCCUCAGACGGAUGGUCAGACUGAGGUCACCAACAAAACUCCCGGUAAUAUCCUUCGAAAGUUUGUUAGGGAUGACCAGCAGUGGGACUUACACUUAGCCCACGCGGAGAUUGYGUACAACYACGCUGUUUCGCMMGCCACGGGGAUGUCGCCAUUCUAUUGCGACCUCGGCUACCACCCUCRCGUACCUGCGGAUUUCCUACGACCAUCRCGGUUGCGCCCAGACACUCGUUGCCCUGCGCUUGACGACUGGAUCGCCCACAUGGCGGCGAUUAUGAAGCGCGCACACGAGAGUUUAGCCGACUCCCAGACUCGCAUGGCCGCACGAGCGAACCGAUCACGAAUGGAUCAUCCAUUCAAAGUCGGUGACGAUGUGCUCGUCGACGCACGCCACUUACAGCUCGAAGCGGAUAUGCUUCGCAAGUUCAGGCGUCGUUUCUUCGGUCUAUGCCGCAUCCUUCAGGCCGUCGGCUCUGAUACUGUCGCUAGUCCGGUCAGCUUCCGUGUGAAGCUACCUGAUUACCUUCGACAGGCUCACGUACACGAUGUUUACCACGUCUCCUUGCUGCGUCCUUAUCGCAGACCGUCCGAGCGCUUCGCCGGACGCCCUUAUGAGCGCCCUCCACCUAUCAUGGUGGACGGUCACGAGGAGWUCGUUGUUUYCRACAUCGUAUCACGCCGAGUUACCGACGAUACCUCUCCACGCAUCGAGUACCUUGUGCGUUGGAAGGGCUACCCUGAUGAGGAGGCUACUUGGGAGCCCCUCGAGCACUUGCAGCACGCCAGGAUGUUGGUGCGUGCAUAUGAUCGUGCUCGUCGUGYUGGGACAUCUGCUUCUACUCAGCCGASUGACCCUCUUCCUCCUCCUCCGRCUGAGGAGAUCGCUGAGGAUGAGCCCGCUCCCUUUGAGGCCGUUCCUCAGCCGCAGAUGGUCGCCUCCGAGCGUCCACAGCGCACUCAUCGUCGCUCUUCACGUUACGAUGACUGACACUCUUAUCCUCCAUCUUUCCCCACUGACUCACACCAUCAGGUACUCCAUCAUCAGCUCUUCUWCAGGAUGUCAGCGUUUUGCG